CUGUCAAUCUUCUUGUGCAGACCCUGCUUCUUGUUGACGUUUCUCUUUCGCGUCUUGAUUUACUGCUCUCUGUCAUCGUCUCUCAUCCUGCUCCGACCAAAGACGUUGGUGUGUUAGAGACACGAAAUGGCAGAGGUUAAUAAUAAAGAGCCUCAUCCAGAGGAGUCUUCUACCGGUUCUACUCAGGCCGCUCCCGAAGACGGAGUCGUUAUCAACGCAUCUGGUCACGCUCAAGAACUCCAUCGCAACUUUUCCCUCCUCUCUCUCGCCGGUGUUGGCCUCGUCGUUGGCAAUGUUUGGCCUGCAAUUGGUGGCUCAAUCUUGGUCGCCAUUUUCAAUGGUGGUCCUCCUGGCGUUCUCUACGAAUUUCUGGUCGUUUCCGUCUUCUACUGGACCGUCGCCGCAUCGAUAGCAGAGCUUGCAUCCGCCAUCCCUUCCUCUGCCGGUGUCUAUCAUUGGGCUACCGUCACCGCAGGCCCAAAAUGGGGAAGAAGUGUGGGCUUCUUUGCAGGAUGGUGGAACACUCUUGCUUGGGUCCUAGGCGCUGCUUCCAUGACUUCCAUCUUCUCCAACACCAUCGUGCAGAUGUACGCCCUCAAGCAUCCUGACUAUGUCAUGGAAUCAUGGCACGUCUUUGUCACCUAUAUCAUCACCACCUGGAUCGCAUGCACGAUCGUUUGCCUGUUUAACAAAGCCAUGCCCUACCUGAACAACAUCGGAAUUUUCUUCAUUCUUGCUGGCUUUUUGAUCACCAUAAUUGUCGUUACUGUCAUGCCAGGCCGCGGUGGUCGUCCAGGACAUGCAAGCUCCUCCUUUGUUUGGAGAGAAUGGAGUGCCGACAUCGGUUAUCCCAACGGCUUCGUCUUUGUCGCUGGCAUGUUGAACGGCGCAUUCAGCGUUGGCACCCCGGACACCACCACUCACUUAGCAGAGGAAAUUCCCUAUCCUCAGCGCAAUGUCCCGCUUGCAAUCUUGAGCCAGGUCAGCAUUGGAUUCGUCACUGGUUUUGCCUAUUUGAUUGCCAUUCUGUACGCCAUCAACGACUACGAUGCCCUAUUCGAGUCGCCCUACCCGAUCGCCGAAAUCUAUCGACAAGCCACCGGCUCCGCAGAUGGUGCCAUUGGCCUCUUGGCGUUAAUUCUCAUCUGCAUUGGCAUUUGCGUGGUUGGAUUAUACAUCACCUGCGGCCGUACUCUUUGGGCUCUGUCCCGUGAUGGCGCCGUCCCUUUCCCGCGUUUCGUCAGCAAGAUCUCGCCUACUCUCAACAUGCCUAUGCACGCGACCGUCAUCGUCGCAGUCCUCGUGACGGCGCUCGGUGCUAUCUACGUGGGCAGUACGACUGCUUUCAAUGCUUUUGUUGGCUCCUUCGUCCUCAUGUCGAGCUCAUCCUACACUGCCGCCAUCCUCCCUAACCUCAUCACCCGCCGCAAGAACAUCGAGGUCUAUGGUCCCUUUGAAUUAAAGGGAAUUUGGGGCUACGUACUUCCUACCAUCGCCUGUUCCUACAUGAUUGUAUGGUUUGUCAUCUACUCCUUCCCCUACUAUCUCCCGACCGAUGCCGAAAGCAUGAAUUACGCCUCGCUUCUCUGGGGCGGGUUCACCAUUUUUGUUGCUGCAUGGUGGUUCUUGGGCGCGAGGCGCAACUACGUCGGACCUCCCAUGGUCCGGGAUGGAGGAAAGGUCAGCUUGGCUGAAACCCUCAAGAAUAUCAACCCUCAAGCCGUACGGAAUGCCAGUUUGUCUGCCAAAGAUGCCUGACAAGGCAACACAUCCGGUCGAGGCAUGGCAAUGCUACCAGUCAACCCGUCAUGACAUAGUUGGCGCCCUGUGUCUCCCAAUAGAUAUUUUCAAUCCAAGAUGCAGGCUACUGUUGUGACGAGGUCAUCUAAGACGCGCAUCCCUGCCAGCCGGAGCCUUGUAUAGUUUGAAGUUAUAGAGCGCGGUAAAUGCCAGUCUUGUCCUUCUUUGAUAUCAAACGAUAUAUUCUUCACGCUCCAUUGGCUCUCGCCUUGAAUGCAUUGAAGUCAUGAUUUUGCCUGUUGCCCGAAAUCAACCUUUUUUGGCACGUAAACAUUGCG